AGGAUACCUUCAAAAAUUCUUCUCUUUACUGGAGCAACAAGAGAGCCUAUAAAGUCGGAAAGGGGCUUGAAGGUUUGACAGAAAAACAGACAAAGCAGCUUCUUACUGGAACACGCCGUUUACAAAAAUAUGCCUCGGAAUGAAAGUCGAUGGAAGUGCAGAAACUGAUACAAAAUGGAUUGCAAUUAACCACGAAGCAAGCUCGUUACUCGACGUAAUCGUACAUGACAAAUUCACACCAACAAACACUACAAAGUCAAAAUGGCAAUCACUUAUCAAAGGUUCAUCUCUACAAGAAAAUUGCAAUAAAGAAGGGUUUAAUAUCCAUGGUGGGCGAAAUGAUAGAAAGAUGUAUGUACGGAUUGGGAUAGUCGCUAAUGAUAAUUGGUACUGCGACUCAUGCAACUCGUGCAUUGGCUUUGGCACUUCAGUAACUGGAUGUGAUGGUAAAGUGAGAUUUAUGUCAUGUGGUAAUAUACAUGCUUGUUAUAGCACGUAUAAGAACACUGCAACAUUCGGGUACAUACUUAUACAGUAGCAUCGCAACAUUUUUCCAAACUAACACGUGAACAUGUACAAACUAUCAGAAUUUAAAAUUAUAUGAGAGCU